GGUCGCUGCGAUAAAAAAGUAGAAGCAUUUAGAAUAUAUUACCAUCUGAAACAACAUAACCUUAAAGGGUGCCUUGAUAACCCGCUGUCGGCGGAUGAACUGUCAAUUCCGGUGCAUUUAGACAGUGUUUCGUAUUGUACUGUUCUCCAAAAAUUUGGGAAAUUCGUGUUGACUAAUUAGAGUCCACGAAUUUCCAAAGGUCUUCCUAUAUAAGUAAACUUUCCCAGCAAUUUUGAAAUAAGUGCAUUAUUUUUAAUGCACGACCGCACCCGUUUUUGAAUAGUAACGCGGGGUGAUUCAUAGAGAUAAUUCACGAUUUGGUGAUACAGUUAUUCGAACGAUAUCGUAUGUAAAUUCAUUGAACCGUUCGUGAAAAUCAGUGACAAGAUGACAGAGGUUCAUAACUUAGGUGUUGAUGCUAUCAGCUGUCACGCUUGGAAUAAAGAUAGAAAUGAGGUAGCUAUCUGUCCAAAUAAUAAUGAAAUACAAGUUCACAAACGGACAUCAAAUGGUUGGAAAUUACUGCAAAAUUUACAAAAGCACGAUAUGCAUGUCAUGGCUAUUGACUGGGCGCCAAAUACUAAUCGAAUAGUAACAUGUUCUGCAGAUAAGAAUUCAUAUGUUUGGACACAAGAAGAAGAUGGAACAUGGAAUCGUGUAUGGGUAGUUGUAAGAAUAAAUCGAGCUGCAACAUGUGUAAAAUGGUCUCCGUUAGAAAAUAAAUUUGCUGUUGGAUCUGGAGGUAAAGUAAUAGCUGUAUGUUACUUUGUCUCUGUGAAUAAUUGGUGGCAAUGUAAGCAUAUAAAGCGUCCAUUAAGGUCCACCGUAACUACAGUUGAUUGGCAUCCAAAUAACAAAGUUCUAGUUGCUGGAUCUACUGAUUAUAAAGUUCGUGUGUUCAGUGCAUUUAUCAGUGAUGUAGAAGAUGCAACAGGGUCCAGUCCUUGGGGUCAAAGUAAUACUUUAGGAACAUUACUUGCUGAAUUUGAAAACACUCCUAAUGGAGGAGGUUGGAUUCAUUCUGUCGCAUUUAGUCCAUGUGGUAAUAAGAUAUGUUGGGUGGCACACAAUUCAUCUAUAUGCAUUGCUGAUGCUACCAAAGGAAAUGCAGUUGUACGAUUGUAUACAGAGCAUUUACCAUUUUUAAGUUGCAUUUGGAUGGGGUCCAAUUCCAUUGUUGCAGCGGGUCAUAGUUGUAUGCCUAUGUUGUAUUCCAUUGACGACAAUGGUCAAUUGUAUUUUGUAUCAAAGUUAGACAACACACAAAAAAAAGAGGCUGCCGGUUUGUCUGCAAUGCGUAAAUUCCAAUCGUUAGAUCGUCAAGCGAGAACAGAUAUAAAUGAUGAUGCCUUGGAUAGUAUACAUCAAAAUACAAUUAAUUGCGUACGCAAAGUAUCUGAUAAUGAAUUUAGUACAAGCGGUUUAGACGGUCAGUUAGUAGUGUGGGAUCUCAAGCUCCUCGAGAAUUCCAUUGCUGGUCUCAAGAUAGCAUAAGACAAAUUUUUUUUAUAUCAUAAAGAUGAAUGAAGAUAUUACAUCAAACACAAAGGUGUAUAAAUGUUAAAACUGAAAAAAAUAUACAAUUUCUCAUUACUUCUCGCGGUAUUCUCCUUCAUAGAAAACGAUAGAUUACUUCUAUUCUUAAUUCCAGAGUAAGUGCAAUCGUUCGUAAUACUAUAAGUUAAAUAUUUCGAAGGAAAGAAUGCGUUGAUUAGUCUACAUUCAUGGCCAUAAAUAUAAUA